GAGGGCCGUGCCCCUCGCCGCCACGGCCCUGGUGCCCGUGUUCGCCUUCCCUCUGCUCGGGGUCCUGUCCACGUCCUCCGUCUGCCUCGUCUACAUGAAGGACACGAACGUCAUGUUCAUGGGCGGCCUCAUCAUGGCGGUGGCCGUGGAGCACUGCAACCUACACAAGCGCAUCGCCCUCUUUGUCAUGCUGCACGUGGGUCAGAGUCCCCGGUUACUGAUGGCGGGUUUUAUGAUCACGACGACUUUUCUGUCCAUGUGGAUCUCCAACACCGCCGCAGCCGCGAUGAUUGUUCCAAUUGUUGACGCCGUUGUGCAGGAACUCGGCAAGGGGCAGGAGGUGGACGUGAAGAGGACGCGCGUGGUCGCCGUGCCGCUGGCGGAGGACGCGGCGGUGGCGCCGCGGCACCAGAGUCGCCUGGCGCUCUACGAGUCGAACCCUUCCAUCGCGGAAAGCGUCUCCACGUAAGUAGG